UCGGUUAGGAGAAGUCCUAAGAUUAGGACCAGUACUAGCCUUUGGCAAUGGCUGAGGUUGACAGUAUUGACAAUCUUUUGGCUGCUAGGAAUUUCUUAAAUGCUAGUUUGGAAAAAUCAAGAGUUCUUGCGGUGGCACUGGAUAAAACUGGGCCAAGAUUGGAAGAGAUUAAAGGAAGGUUGUCUUCUUUGGAAGCUGCAUUUAGGUCCACAUCUAUGAGAAAAUGUUCGCUUGGCGUGGUCAGAGAUCAGAUUGACUGUGCCAUUGGCCCUGCUGCUGCAGUUCUGAAGGUGUUUGAUGGUGUCCGGGAGCUAGAGAAGUCACUCUUGUCUGAGCCAUGUUCAGACCUUUCUAAGUAUCUUUCAAUCAUGAAACAGCUUGAAGAAGCGAUGAGAUUCCUCGCGGGUAAUUGCAGGCUUUCAAUUGAGUGGUUGGAGGGUAUUGCUGAGGCUUUCGAUGGAAGUUCAGUUGUCGAUGAUCAGUACAUCUCCAGGGUGAAGAAGUGUCUGAGAAUUUUGCAGGAGUUGCAGGCUACGGAUGUAUGCGCCCGCCUGAAUGGAGGGCUACUAUUUGAGGCAUUGAACAAACUUGAAACUGAAUUCAAGGACCUUGUAACACAACACACCAUUCCUUAUGUUUUGGUGGCCUCAUCAUUCUUCACUGAAAAGCAAACUAGCAUUGGUCAAUCAAUUAUUCCAGCAUCCGCGAUACAGAAGUUGCAGGCCAUAAUUGACCGGUUAAAUGCUAAUGGUCGGCUUGAGAAUUGCAUAUCUAUAUACGCAGAAAUUCGAAGUUCGAAUGUCAGAAGAAGCUUGGAAGUUCUUGAUUUGGAAUAUCUUGAGAAAUCAAUGUCAGAGUCUGAUGAUGUGCAAGACAUAGAGAGAUUUAUAGAUAAUUGGUGUGAACAUUUUGAGUUGGUGGUGAAGCAUGUCUUUGAGCCUGAGUACAAGCUCUGCAAUGAUGUUUUUGACAAGACUGGAUCGGAUGCUUGCAUGCGUUGCUUCGCGAAAAUUGCAGCCCAAUCUGGAAUUCUUUCCUUCCUACAAUUCGGAAUGAAUGUUACCGAGUCUAAGAAGAAUCCUCUCAAGCUCCUGAAGCUGUUGGAAAUUUUUUCUGUUUUAGACAGUCUAAGAGUAGAUAUCAACCUGCUUUUUGGGGGGGACGCUUGUCUUGAAAUCAAAAACCUGACAAGGGAUCUCGUCAAGAGAGUUGUUGAUGGCGUUUGCGAGGUUUUCUGGGAACUCCCUCUCCAAGUGGAGCUGCAAAGGCAAAUUUCUCCUCCUAUAAAUGGGACUGUUCCGAGGCUAGUAAGCUUUGUGACCGACUACUCAAAUCAGCUGCUCGGCGAAGAUUACAGGCCAAUCUUAACUCAGGUCCUGGUAAUCCAUCAGAGCUGGAAACAAGAGAAAUUUGAGAAGGGACUUCUUACCAGCCAGAUUUAUAACAUAAUAAAGGAAAUUGCACUGAACUUGGAUGCAUGGUCAAGUUCUUAUGAGGAUAACACACUGUCCUACCUUUUCAUGAUGAAUAAUCACUGCCAUUUCUGCAAUCUGAAAGGCACAGAGCUUGGAGAAAUGUUGGGAGAUUCUUGGUUAAAAGCUCAUGAGCAGUAUAGGGACUAUUAUGUAGGGCUCUAUGUGAGAGAGAGCUGGGGCAACAUUUUUGCUCUUCUACGACAAGAUGACCUAGUUCUGUCCCCUGGUAGGAAAUCAAACGCUCGUGACUCCGCAAAGAAGAGACUAAAAGCUUUCAAUGAGGCUUUUGAUUACAUGUAUAAGAAGCAAUCCUUUUGGGUUGUGGCUGAUAAGAGCUCAAGGGAGAAAAUAUGCAAUCUUGUAGUGCAGGCUUUUGUGCCUGUUUACAGGAGUUACUUGCAGAGCUAUGGAGUUUUGGUUGAACAGGAUGUUAGUGCAAGUAAGAAUGUGAAAUAUUCUGUGUAUAAUUUGGAGAAGAUGCUGAGCUCUAUGUUUCAGCCAAAGUUAAGAAAGUAUGGAAGCUCAAGACACUUAGAAUUUAUUGGUAAAAUAAAAAAUGUAGUGACCAAUCAAUUUCAUUUGAUGCUCACAGCUACCUGACCAUGUAAAAGUAUUCUUCUCUCGUUUUACAUUA